GCAAAAUCCCUAAAUAGAAUUUCCUCCAAACUCUCUCAAAACUCAAAAGCCCUAAACUUUCCCCAAAUUCUUAUAUUAUCUGUACUUUGCUUUGUAUACGGAGUAUUUUUUUGCUCUGCUCGUCGAUUUAAUGAUCAAUGCAGCUUGAUUAGGAUUGUUCCCAUGGAUCCAGAGUGCUUGCAGGGGUGGACUAAAGGGGUUCCUUAUGAAAUUACAAAAUUAUGAAGAUCUAAAAUUGCUUAUCCAAUGGCGACAUGAUGAUGAAGGGGGGGAUUUCAUUAUGCAUGAAAAACUACAUGCGAUUUCCUUUUCUGCUCUCAAUAAAUUCUUUAUUGAAGAGACAAGUCUCUUUUCACUCACAUGUUGAGAAACCUGAAAGGGCAAAGAAACAUUUCCUUGAUAUCUUCUUCUCAAAGAAACAUAGAGGUGUUGCACAAGAAACUGAGCGAUGAUGAAAGCAUAAUGUAUUGGUAUAGUGAGAUUAAGUUGGUUCCCAUUGAAGAAAUAGAGCACAAAAUGGACGACUCUGCUUGUAAAUCCUUUGUGAAAAUGCAGUCAAAUAACGGUUUCCAUAGUGCUGGAAUAAUCUUCAUCAAGAGAAGUUGGGAGAGCAUUUUAGAGCGCUAUAAACAGGCUAGGCUAUAACCCCGAUUGAUUGGCGGUAAAGAAUUCCAUCAAUCUUUGCAAAUUUUAUCUUUACCACAAAAAAAAACAUAGAGCCUCUGUGAUAAUUUGUUUAUGAAAUAUAAGAGGGACAUGACUAGUUUGGAGCUUCCCCCAUCUACUGUAUUGUAUCAUUUUACCACAUGCUCUUCUGCUUGUAUUUUU